CCUGAGCCUCUGGAGCCUGCUCCUAAAUAGGGCACAGCUCAGAACAUCUGAAGGUCUCUGUGACUCAGAGGUGGGAAUCUUCUAAUGGUCUUAGUUAUUUUUGUACGUGCCCGAUAGCACACAUUGCACUGCCCUAAAGCAGAGAAGCAACUCCACGAUCACCAAGGGAGCACACGAAAAGAAGGUGAAAUAGCAAGGCACAAUAUUAACAUCAAAUAAAGGUACAAGACAGCGAGAAGAAAAAGAAAAAAGGGAAACCAACCGAAGGUGAUAAAGCAACAACACAAGCGAAGGACUUGGGCAGGAUUUUCCUUCUGUUCCUUCUUUUUUAAAUCUUGUUUUGCGGAGCGAUAUGGGACAGCAGUUUGCCAACGCUGAAGGGGAGCAAGGAGAGAUUGAUGUUGCGGAAUUGCAGGAAUGGUAUAAGAAAUUUGUGGUUGAAUGUCCCAGUGGGACCCUCUUCAUGCACGAAUUCAAGCAGUUCUUUGGGGUCCAGGAUAACCGUGAAGCAGCAGAGUAUAUCGAAAACAUGUUCAGAGCUUUUGAUAAGAAUGGGGAUAAUACCAUUGAUUUUCUGGAGUAUGUAGCUGCCUUGAAUCUUGUUUUACGAGGAAAACUGGAACACAAGCUGAGGUGGACAUUCAAAGUGUAUGACAGGGAUGGGAAUGGCUGCAUAGAUAAACCUGAGCUGCUGGAAAUUGUUGAGUCUAUCUACAAGCUGAAGAAAGUGUGUCGGUCGGAGGUGGAGGAGAGGACCCCACUGCUCACACCGGAGGAGGUUGUGGACAGGAUAUUUCAGUUAGUGGAUGAGAAUGGGGAUGGGCAGUUAUCUCUUGACGAGUUCAUUGAUGGCGCCAGGAAAGACAAGUGGGUGAUGAAGAUGUUGCAAAUGGAUGUGAACCCCGGGGGAUGGAUCUCUGAGCAGAGGAGGAAGAGUGCUUUGUUUUGAGAAAAAUUCAGUUCUGAUACAGCUGAAAAUGUGAUGCUGACUACAACUGUGGCUCUUACUCUAGAGUGGUAGUGGCUUUCCUUUUUAAUAAAAUCUCAGCAUCCAGGUGAAAACGUCAGCGGUUUAAGAAGCCAUAUCUCAAUCUAAAACCCAUGUGCUGCACACUGCUGGUACCCAGAGACUCUUUUUGGCCCAUGAAUAAGUCUUUCUGUGUACACAGUACAGUGUUUGCCAGCUCUGGUUUUUGGUUACACCCCAAGGAACGAACUUUUUGUGGCUUCCUGAAGUGGAUCCUGGGCAGGGUUUUAUUCUGGUGACAGAUGGGAUGGGGAAGUGAGAAACUGUGACAGUGGUACUGUCUCCAGUGCAGACUAGCGUUUGCAUCGUUCACGCCUGCAGAGAUACAAACACAUCAAACCAAGAGUGGCAACAAAAGAGGUGCUCUGGCAGGCUUCGUGCAGUCAGGAUGACUGUAUGCUACCGCUAAUGUAAAAUUAUUGAACACCAGCACGUUGCUGUGAAAACGAGAACGGGGUCACAAGCGGUAGCCAAGGCAGCACUCAGGGCCGAGGAGAUAAUGUGUGGGCUGGACAGGGGGAGCAGCGACUCCUUGCAUCUCCCUUCUGUGGACCAGGGUCUGCUCCUCCUACCUGUUCCGAGACCUGUGUCUCCAUGGGGCUGGGAAGACGCGAUUUCCAAACACGGAGACCGCCUGGGAACGGCAGUAACAAUUAUACCCGACCUGUACUGGGACAGAUUUACACAAGUGUGGUUCUGCUCCUUUUCAGCCUGUUUCUCACUGAGCCGUCACUCCAGAACAGCUUUUCCUGCCCCAUGAAGUCUGACAGGUCAGGGAGCUCCAGGGCUUUCACUGCACUGGGAGGAGUUUUGCGUGGAAGGAGAAAUAAGGGGAGAGCAGAGGUUUGCUUGGCAGGUCUCUGCCCCGAGGGGGUGAGCGCGGCUUUGUCGGCAGGACCAGAACGAAGCGAGUGACGGAACAUCCAAGUGAGUUACUGAAGUAGUACAGUGGUUUUACACUGGGCUUAAUUUAGUCGCAGACUAGAUAUAAAAUUUGCACGGGCUGUACACAGAGCUCUGCUAGUCUAACUCAUAUUCCUACAUAUGUACAUGUAUGUGGGAAAAGAAUUUGGGAUUUUACUAAUAUUUUGGUUCACCUUUAUUGGUUUAUUUGCGAGAAAUUUCCCCAGGAAAAUAACACGAGUUCAGUUUAUUUUAAUUUUCCCAUGGGAUCGGUGGGCUAGGUCAAACCCGUUCAAUUUUUGUGGCCUUUAAUCAUGACCGUAGUAUCUUUCAUUAAUCGACUAGUUGGCUAGUUUGUGGUCUUGUCAGUUUAACUCACGUUUAAAUUCAGAAGCACGAGGAUACUAUUCCGGAUAAGACAAUCAGUGCUAGAGUUCAAAUGCAUAUGCAUUGCCACUUCUAAAUAGCCUCUCUAAGCUCUCUGUAAAUACACAUGAACUUGUAGCGUGCUUACUUAGAGCUCAUUAGACUGGUAGUUUAUGCUGCUGGAAGGCAGCUGCUUAAAGCUCAUUCAAGUUGAUAGUUUAUCAGCCAAAGAUCUGACAGAGAAACCUUACUUCUGACUUGAGGGCCUGGAAAAGAAAAAAAAAAAGAUUAACUUUACUGAUUGAUUUUUUUUUCCAAUUUGUGGACGCUGUCAUGGGAGGAUACAAAUCUCUUAACUCCUUAAGUUUCAGCAUCUCAACCGACAUGCUACACUCUGCUUCUUGCACAAUUAAAGUAGAUGUUGCAUACUGCAGGUUUACUGAAAUGCUUUAAAUUCUGUUCACCUGGCCAGCUCAGUCACCGAAGGAGCUGCUGGGUGUCCCCUGCACCAGCAGUCCUCUGCCGGGGUGGUAGAGGGCAUCCUAACACCGAGCACUUGUACAGCUGUUGGGAGGAAUUUUGUAAUGUGACUUUAAUAAAGAAUUAUUUGUUACAAUU